CCAGACGUUGGCUGCUCAGACUCUCGGAGGAGGCUGCGAUGGAGACAGGAUGAAACUGCCGCGGUAUUUUUCGGGGGAAAGUGCCUCUGGGGUGUCGUUACCUGGCAGCUUUCCUGAGUAUAUCAUUACCAGAACCGUAUAUUUGAGGAAAAAGGAGGAGUGUAUUACCUUUUUGUCGAUGCCUGAGGAUUAUGGACCAUUAGGUUAACGACCGGCGGUGUUAACGGUUUGGAUAACCGUUAGUGUAGCUUACUCUUGUAUUCACUACAGCUGACACAAUUUUUUUUUUUUUAACGCGGCCAUAACAUUUCUUUUUUUCUUCUUCCUCUUCACAAAAUGUUGAAUUUAGCGCUCUCUCGACGUGAAGGAUAUGUGAGGAACGUCCUUUUGUUGUUGUUGUUGUUGUUUUUGUUGGACAUGAACGUGUAAGGUGCAAGAAGAGAAAAAAACCGAGUGGACAGUCUCGGCAGACAGUAUGAUACAAUAUUUUGACAUAACCGUUAUUUUUGUGUUACGCUCUAUUGCGCAUGCCUAGUGGGAGAUAUAGAGCGCUGCCCGACGCCACUUCGCACCUUCUUGGCCGUGAUGUAGGAGCAAAAGUGAAGGGAACAGAGGACUAAAACACCAACAAAAAAAUAAAUAAAUAAAUAAAAAUGCGUUGGCAAAGUGGCAGCGUGGCAACCAAAGGAUUUGACUUCACGAUCCUUCACGAAACGGACUGUGCCGCAAACUGAAGAAUGUCAGGGACACCAGAUGCAGAGGCUGAAGGAGUAGUCUCCAAAGUGAAAGUGAAAAAGGAGAUCAAGACAAUCGUGGAGAAUUUGGAAACCAUCCUGGGAGACCUCAAGGAUGUAGCCAAAGAGCUGAAAGAGGUUGUUCACGAUAUUGACACCUUGACUUGCGACCUGCAACUAGAGGAGGACGGACUGACAGACAGCUCAAAGACCGACACGCUCAACUCCAGCUCGAGCUCCACCACCACCACCACCGCUUCCAGCCUGGAGAAGAUGAAGCUCUUCCCCGAUGACUGCAUCUUCAAACCACCUGCACCCAUCACACCGGUCCCCGUCAACCCUCCUGCGGUCCUGACUGUACUCAAGAAACCCCACCCGCCCUUACCCCCACCCAGACUUACCCCGAUGAGAGCCGAGGAUCACAACAUUAAGAAUCUGCCUCACCCAACAUUAGUGUUAUCAGGGAAUAUAUCCAAGGCUAACGGGUCUCUAUUGAGGAAUGGUGGGGUUUUCCCAUUGAAACCAAACAGGGAGUUAUUCUCCUCCACGCCGUGUUUCAUUUCUAGUGACAGCGGGAUCCCUGAGUCAGGGCUUGUUCCUACAUUGCCCCGGCCCAUGCCUCUGCUCCACCAUGAAAAGAACAAAUGCCCCAAGGCCCCCAGCAGGGAACCUCGUGAGAGGGAGCGUGUCCGUUUCAGUGAGAAGGUCCAGUACCACGGCUACUGCCCGGAUUGUGACCUUCAAUACGAUGUCGACGACACAGAACUACACUUACAGGCUGAGCUGAAUGACUUGAGGCUCAGCCCUGUGCACUGCUGCUCUUCUUCCUCCUCUCCUACCCCCCCUCCUCAUUCUCUUCCCCAUGAACUAAUGUUGGAAAACGGCGGCCUCUCGGUCAGCCACAGUUUCCCGCCGAAAGCGAACACUCCUCCACCUUGUGUGCCUCCUCACCCAACUUCCCUCAAACCCCAGAAAACAAUCCUACGCAAAUCAACCACAACCACAGUUUGACACCAAACCCCUUGUUCUGUCUAACUUAAACAUUCUUGAAUCAUUCAUAGUGUUUUCUACUUUAUGAGCGCUUUCUACUCAAGAUGAACUUUGGAUUAUCCAAACAGAGAGAGAAAGGGUUGGGAAAUAGGAAACAAAAGGAUGCAGAGAAGGAGUGGAAUAGAGAGAAAGGCAUCGCCAUAGGCUCUGAGAUGUACACACAGAGAGAUCAGGAAGAAGCGGGCCCAUUGAGAUCCUUGAGAUACAAGUGGAAGGGAUGCUUAUUUCAUACACUGAUCGACCCUGGCUGAUCACAGAUGGAGGAGGCCAGGCAUCAACCUUAUUUUGGAAGCGCUAAUGGCUCUCGACCAACAGGAGACAAGAUCUUCCAGACAAAUUCAUACUUUGAAUUUUGAGCAAUGAACAACCUCCGGGCAUAGUUGUGUUCACGGGAGCUGGAGGAAAUAUUCUUAUGAGACUGGGGAGAGAGAAAUGGUAGUCCCUGUAUGUAAGUGCAUACAGAUGGAUGAAUUUAUAGUUGUGGAAAUGAUAUUUUUGUUACAUAGAAAUAGUUAGACAGCUGCUGAAACUCUGCUCAUCAAAAAGGAUAGAGAAAGGUUAGUUAUAGAUGUACAUGCAGGGGUGAAUUGAUGUCAGCCAGUAUUUGAUUGAUGUCUACACAGACGUUUGCUCUGUGCAUACUCAGAUGGAAAUCAAUAGCUCCACUCAACCGAUGGAAUUUGCCUUUUAAGAAUUGUAAUUGUUUGUGUCUAGGGAGCCCAACAGAUCCGACUGUGAGCAAAACACUGCUCUGCUGGACUGCAGAUAAGGGGAAAAUAAUGUUAAGUAUGUAUCAGUACAGUGUGUGCCGUAUGCACAUCACACAUACACAGAGCAGUUUUGGAAAGACUAAUUGUUUGAACUUGAUGAUGUGGUCACUGAUCUGUGUCCAGACAUUAUGUUCAUUGUACAUCAAAAUCUACGUGCUCAACUGCUGCCAUGCAAGCUACGUUUCUUUUUCCACGAUAACAUGCAGAGAUACAGUUCAGUGUGGCAUAGUUACAGCUUUAAAGGAUCCUUGAAGAAGUAAUAAUUUGCAUCAAAUUUUAUAUGUAUACAAAUAUACAUGUACAUGUUUGAUAUCUAUAUAUUUCAGGCAUUUUUCUACAGAGACUUUAACAUUUAAAGAGAUGAUAUUUUUGAUAUUGUGUUGGAUGACUGAGAGUUAUUCUGAGGAAAGCUGUCAUUCCCUCGAGGUGCGUGCUUUUCGGCAGGGCAAAGCAGGAUGAGUUAUUUAUAUAUAGCAACAGCAUAGUGUUUGUACGGAAGAAAACAAGUGCUUCAGUAUCAUCAUUUAAAGAAACUUUACAGAGGGAGCGGUAUUGUGUGAGAGAAAAUGUAAUGUGGAGAAUAUAAAUGGCGUAAACCAAAUACCUAGUUGUGCUUUAUCAGAUAGGAGGCAUGGGGCUGAAUGAAUGCAUGACUGACUCUUCACUUUGUCCUGCCAUCACUGUGUUUUUCUAUGCAUAUGUGGAGAGGCUGUCAGUUGGGGUGCUCUGCUCUCCAUGCUACAGAGUUAGGAAAUAUGUCACUCUCAUUUCCUCAUAUGAUGUCCAUCAGGUUCUACUUCUGCAGCCACUAUAAACCAGACAAAUAUCCUGGGUUUUACCACAUUUCUUAGGCCAACAAGUCAUUGGUAAUCAAAUAAAAAGGAAGAAUAUUAAUAUAUAGUUGUGGACAAAUUUUCAUGGGGCAUUUUGGAUCAAUAAAAGUGAGAGAGAUGUGGGCUGGAGAGCAAACAGAAUUUCUUUGAUGCACACAGCCUUUCUCCACAUUCAGACUGGAGGCACCACACUUGUAAACGCCACCUCUUUGUUCUCACUGGACACAGAGACUGAAUUCAUGACCAAACUCUGGAUGAAUCAAGAGUCAAAGAAGAUUGGAAUGUCUCAAAAGGUUAUCAGUAAUAUUUUGUUGUGUGUGUGUCCACAAACUGUUGGAAAAUAACUUGUGAGAAGUAAACACUUUGCACUUAAA